CACACACACACACACACACAGCUGGGAGGAGGAGGAGGAGGAGGGGGGAAGAGGCAGGGCUGAGAGCUGCAGGAAACCAAGCGCCGAUGAACAGCUAAACGACCCGGGAAGCUGAAGAAGAGCGAACGGAAACAGCGCCUGUCCUCGACCCUAAAUCAUUUCCCUCCACCAGUCGGACGGGUGUGAGAUAAAGCGGUCCCACAUGCCCGGAGGACAAGCUGGACUCCGUCCUGAGCUCCGGCCUGGGGAGGAACAGUAGGGGAGGAUUUCUACCCCUGAGCAGCUCCAGCUCGGGCAUGUUUUUGCUCUCAUGCAGAGAUCGAGGUGCGAGAUCCUCCAUGUGAAGAUCCUCUCGUGUCUUUCCUGCUUUUGAUCGAGCUGUUUUAUGAUCAAUAUUAUCUCGUGUCCGUGGAGAACGACAGCGCAGAGCUGGAAGAAGUGAAACCUUGCUGUGUGUGCUGUCUGUAGGACGAUCUGCGAGUGUUUCACUGAGAGAUUGUGUUUGAUUGCUUUAUUAGAAGUCGAGAUUUCCUCCAGCCGCCCUGUUGAAUAACUCACAGCACUGACAGGGGAUUGUUAAAGGUGCGGUCUGAGGAAUUGAUCACGCCACCAUGGUGGUCUUCAACGGGUUGCUGAAGAUAAAGAUCAUUGAAGCGCUGGACCUGAAACCUACAGCCUGGUCUCUGAGGCAUGCCGUGGGACCGAAGGCGCAGAGCUUCCUGCUGGACCCGUAUAUCGCCCUCAACGUGGACGACUCACGCGUGGGUCAGACAUCAACAAAGCCCAAGACCAACAGCCCUUCAUGGCAUGAUGAGUUUGUAGCUGAGGUGCGUGACGGGCACAAAAUCGAGCUCUCGGUGUUUCAUGACGCGCCCAUUGGCUAUGACGACUUUGUGGCCAACUGCACCAUCCAGUUCGAGGACCUGCUGCAGAAUGGCAGCAAGCACUUUGAGGAUUGGAUUGACUUGGAGCCUGAGGGAAAGGUGUAUGUCAUCAUCGACUUAACUGGAUCUUCCAGUGAAGCAGGCAGCUUUGAGAAUGAAGAGAGAGUGUUUCGCGAGCGUAUGCGUCCCAGGAAAAGGCAGGGAGCGGUGCGGAGGAGAGUGCACCAGGUCAAUGGGCACAAGUUCAUGGCCACCUACCUGAGACAACCCACCUAUUGCUCACAUUGCCGCGAGUUCAUCUGGGGUGUUCUUGGAAAGCAGGGCUAUCAGUGUCAAGUGUGUACAUGUGUGGUCCAUAAACGAUGUCAUGAGCUUAUCAUAACCAAGUGUGCAGGACUAAAGAAACAGGAGGAUACAGCCGAGGAGGUGGGCUCUCAGCGCUUUAGUGUGAACAUGCCCCACAAAUUCAGCAUUCACAACUACAAAGUGCCCACAUUCUGUGACCACUGUGGCUCGUUACUGUGGGGGCUGAUGAGACAAGGACUGCAGUGCAAAGUGUGUAAGAUGAAUGUACACAGACGCUGUGAAAGCAACGUAGCUCCAAACUGUGGCGUCAAUGCGCGGGGCAUUGCUAAAGUGCUGUCUGACCUCGGAGUGACGCCUGAUAAAAUCUCCAGCAGCACACAGAGGAGGAAAAAGAUUAGUCAAGGUGCAGACCCUCAGCCUCUGCCAAUAUCUCCACAAACAGAGGAGGAUCGCUCCAAAUCGGCGCCAACUUCACCGUGUGACCAGGACAUAAAGGAUCUGGAGAACAUCAGGAAAGCGCUGUCUUUUGAUCACCGUGGGGAGGAGCUGAAACCAGAACCAGCUUCAUCCCCGAGCGAGAGCCACUCAGAGGAGACGGGGGAGGGCCGAGAGAACGGGGAAGUGAAGACGCUGCAGUCCAAAAGAAUGAAUCUGGAGGACUUCAACUUCAUCAAAGUGCUUGGCAAGGGCAGCUUUGGCAAGGUGAUGCUGGCUGAGCUUAGAGGCACAGAUGAGGUGUAUGCAGUGAAGGUGCUGAAGAAAGACGUGAUCCUGCAGGAUGAUGAUGUGGAUUGCACUCUUACAGAGAAACGCAUCCUGGCUCUGGCCAGAAAACACCCCUACCUGACCCAGCUUUUUUGCUGCUUCCAGACUAAGGAUCGUCUGUUCUUCGUGAUGGAAUAUGUGAACGGAGGGGACCUGAUGUUCCAAAUCCAGCGCUCACGUAAAUUUGACGAAGCACGCUCUCGUUUUUACGCUGCUGAGGUCACCUCUGCUCUCAUGUUUCUCCACCGGAACGGGGUCAUUUACAGAGACCUCAAACUGGAUAACAUCCUGUUAGAUGCUGAGGGCCACUGCAAGCUUGCUGACUUUGGCAUGUGCAAGGAGGGCAUUCUGGAUGGUAUCACCACCACCACAUUCUGCGGUACUCCUGACUACAUCGCACCUGAGAUCCUGCAGGAGCUGGAGUACGGCCCGUCCGUGGACUGGUGGGCCCUGGGUGUGCUCAUGUAUGAGAUGAUGGCAGGCCAGCCGCCAUUUGAGGCUGAUAAUGAGGACGACCUGUUUGAGUCCAUCCUCCAUGAUGAUGUGCUCUAUCCAGUGUGGCUCAGCAAAGAGGCAGUUAGCAUCCUCAAGGCGUUCAUGACGAAGAGCCCCAAUAAGCGGCUUGGCUGUGUCUUGUCACAGGGCCUGGAGGAAGCCAUUAAAGUGCAUCCGUUCUUUAAAGAGAUUGACUGGGUGAUGCUGGAACAGAGGAAAAUUAAGCCACCUUUCAAACCCCGAAUUAAAACCAAGCGGGACGUCAAUAACUUUGACCAAGACUUCACACGCGAAGAGCCUGUGCUUACUCCUGUAGAUGAUGCCAUCAUCAAACAGAUCAAUCAAGACGAGUUUAAGGGCUUCUCCUACUUUGGUGAAGAGUCUGUGUCCUAGGAUUUAAAAAUUUCAUCUCCUACAUUCCUCCAUCUGCUACACAGUGGUGUUGUUCACCUUUAAGGACUGAAUGAAGACCAUCUACAGUGUGGGUUUACAUGUUUAAUUAAAAGCUGCUCAUGCAGUUUUUUUGUUUGUUUUUGAUUUCCAGAUUCUAGGAUUUUUAUUUUAAAGAACACAAAGAGUCUUUCAGCUGAACAAGUCAAUGCAAGUCUGUACAAUCAUAUUCACACAAAAUACACACAUGUAUGCCUAAGCAGAAACUCUGUUCAGAACAUUAAAAAGAAGCCCAAGUACUUUACUCUAAUAAUGAUUAUAAUAAUAACUUUGUUAAUUAUUAUAUUAUCAACCAACCAGAUUUUUGGAGGAGUACUUUGCAUUCAUUUGAAGAUUCUCAAUUGAAGCAGUACGUGUUCAUUUUUCAAAGGCUUACAUGCAACUAGUCUUUUAGAAUCAGUCAUUAUUUUCUAUCAGGAAUUAGUGUUAUCGACAUAAUUUUAAGCGACCAGUUGAGUCAGCAUUAGCCUUAUAUACAUAUACAGUAGGGUCCAAAAGAGAUUUUUUUCAUUUAAAAUUGGAAAUCCAAACAGAAGAUUUUGGAAAUUUGAAAUAUUUAAAAUAAAGAAAGUAAAUGUUCAAUAUCUUGAAUAUUUACUAUUCAAGAUACUGCACUGUUUCUAGGUCCCUAUUUAAAUUUAGGCAAAUUUGUGAUAUUGGCUGCUUAACUCCUUGGUACAAAAGGUCAGAUUUUCCUCAUGCUUAAUCUCUUCUACUGAAGCCUGUGUUCAGAUGACACGCCAAUGAAUCCUACUUUUUGCUCAAGUUGUCAACAAUAUCAGUUGUAAUGAAAAUUAUGUUAAAUUUAAAAAGGAAAACAGAAGCAUUUUCACUAGUGGUCUAGAACUUUGGAACCCACUGUGUGUGUAUAUGGUGGCCUAAAGUAUUUAACACGUCAACAAUUAAAAAAAACAACUCAGUGUUAAAAAAAUACACAGUCAAAUAAAUAUUAUAUUCCAAUCUAUAAAUAAAGUUAUGUGAAAUAAAGUGGAAUGGCACAGGAAAAUCCACUGCUAUCAGUAAGAAAUAACUGAUUCCACUAAUUAUGCUAAUUAAAAUCACCUACAUUAGUGCAUACCGCGAGCUGGCCUAGUGGUUAGCAUGUCCGCCUCUCGACUGGGAGAUCGUGAAUUCUACUCGUGGUCGGGUCAUACCAAAGACCAUCAUAAAAAAUGGUGCCUACUGCCAUCUGGCAAGGCAUGCUGCAAUACAGAUGUGAGUAGGGAAGUCAAACUCUUGUGGUUACCAGAGGACUAACCCCCCACUGUAACCCUAACUGUAUAGACGAGAGGCCAAGGGCUAUCGAAACAGAGAUCGGUGCCCCACCCAUGCGCCUCAAAGAGCUGGUUAGUACUGGGACAAGAGACUGCCUGGGAAGACCAGAUUCUGGCGCGGAAGGGACUUUGACAUUAGUGCAUGUUGGUAGGUUAGUACUUUCAAAAUGUUCUUAAAAGCACCACUAGGGCCAAUAUCCACAACAUCUUUUGACCAACCAGGCACAUACAGUAUCUCCUUGCAAGAUUUCUGACUGAGCAGUUAGAAAGUUAGUCAGAAGAAUAGCUCAAGAGCCAAGGACAACUCGAAAAGAGCUUCUGAAAGACCUGUAAGCAGCAGGAUGCAGUCUUCAUAGGGAACACUUACUGAAGAAAAACCAUGUGAAAGCUCGUUUGAAGUUUACUACAAAACAUUUGGAGAAGCCUGUAGAUUAUGGGGAUUAUUAUGGCCAGACAAGACAAAAAUCAAACUUUUCGGCAAUGAUAUGAUGCACCAUGUUUGGAAGUGAAAUGUGUCUGCAUAUGACUCAAAAAAUAUUUUACCUCCAGUGAAGUUUGGAGGUGUAAGCAUCCUGGUAUGGGGCGGUUUCUCUUCUCAUGGUACCAACAGAAUGUACUGGGAAAUUCUUGAGAAGAAUCUGUUGCCAUCCACCAAGACAAUGAGGAUAAGAUAAGAUACGAGUGGACCUUACAGCAGGAGAGUAAUCCUGCAAAGGAGACUCAACUGGUUCCACAGGAAGAAAAUUAAGAUGUUGCAGUGUCCCAGUCAAUCACCACACUUUGACCCAACAGAAAAUGUGUUGAAUGAACUGAAGCUCAAGCUUCACCAGCAGGCUCCCUGAAAUCUUCAAGAUUUAAAGUGUCUGUGUAAAAACCCCACCUGAACACUGAGAGGGAUUCAUUUCUUCAUACAAGAAGCAUCUGGAAGCCGUCAUUACAAACAAAGGGUUCUCCAAAUUUCAGUUAACGUGUUCAGUACUUCUCUCCUGUGUCAUUCCACUUUAUUGCGCAUAAUUUUUUAAACAGAUAGAAAUAUUACAAUUUCUUUAGGUGUACAGGUGCAUUGCAUUAGUACCAAUGUCUGGUCUACAUUUCAUAAGAAUCACUGCAUAGGAAAUAUUUAAAAAUGAUUUUAAAAAAUAUUGACGUUGAAUUCUUUUUUUCCCCCCUGAAGAUUCAAUACAUGUUGAAUAUACACUACAUCAGAGCCAGUAUUCAGACUUCUGGUCCUGGUACUAAAGGAAUCAAGUGUUGGUGGAUCUGAGGCUGUACUUGAUUUCUCCUGAAUGUCACAUCUGCAGUGUAGCCCUUCCCUUGUUCUGUAAAACCAAAUGUAGGCAAACUACAAUUAAAGGUGUAGCUCGUUAUCUUGCUUUAAAUUCAGGGGGAUGUUUCCAAAAGAAUCCAGAAAAUUUGCCAGUGGUGUUUGAUUCACUGGUAGGAGGAUUUCUGAGCUGCCUUUUGGAUCAACCUUACCUUAGAAGUGUUGACUUUAACUCAUGCCAUUCAAAGUGUUUGUGGAAAUGAUUGUGUCUGUCUUUUUUUUUGUGAGAGUGAUUUUGAGAGGGCACGUGUCUCAUGAGUGUAUUGAGUGUAUUAAAUGUAUUUAUUUUUUUAAUUAUUAUUACUGGGCUGUCUUAUUGUCAGUUGAAUAAAUUUUCUUCACUGAACCAAGGCUCAGGAUUGUGAAUGAGAGAUCAGUACCUAUUCACAUCUGUCUAUCUAUAGAACAUGUCCUGUAUAUAAGUCUAAGGUCUAAAUAAUGGCCUUAUCUGUUGCAUGGUCAUGAAAACAACAAUAUAGUACUAGAAUAUGAAUAUGAGUAAUUUACUGUCCAUGUGCAAUAAACUGUCUAUGGGUGUCUCAUUUGCAUAUGACGAUUAUAGUUUUCUCCUCUUUCCUCCUUCCCCUUUCUUUUAUCUGUUCUUUCUCUCAGUGUCAUAUAAUUUGAUGAUUAUGCUAAUUAAUCUUUACUGGUGACUUUUUCAGUUGACCAGUGCAGAGGGCACUUUUCUUCUGCUAGCGCAAGUGUACCUUGAUGUACAUCAGUGUAUUUAUUUGGGGGUAAGACAACUUUCCCAGUUUGCACUCAGUUGCUAUAUAUUUAGGGUCAUAACUGAAUGCAUCUGUGCUAAUGUUGGUUGGAGUGGAGCAGCUGGAGGUGUAGCUUUUAAAAUCUAGUGACAAAUUGGCAUUUUCAAACUCACAUUGGUCUAAAAUUGCACUUUUGUUCUCAAAAUAAUUAAAAUGUGGGUCAUGUUUCUUAGAACCUGUUUUUGUGUCUGUACACUAUAUAGGUUUUUCCACUUCAACCUAAAGAUGAUAUAUCUCCCAAAUAUUACAUAAAUACAACAAGCUGAAUUAUUGUAUCCUCAAAUAAGAACAACUUGGCUAUUUAAUGUAAAUCUGGCAGUUGGGCAAAAUUAUACCCAGAACAUUAUAACAGAGCUCCAUACUUAAGAGAAUAUGGUAAUGCAUCAACCUGAUUUUUGAUGGCUUUUGCGACCGUACAACGUCCGUACACACGAACGAUGUACGUGUACCACCACAGGGAACCCGAUUGUAAGUGCAAGGCAACGUAUCUCAUAAACACUUGACCAUUGGACAACAAAAUUUGUAUUUUUAUUUACAUAAGCUAGAUGAGUUUUUAUCCAGCGCUUCUUUUUAAUUUGCUUUAAAAAAAAAAAAACAUGGGAUUAUUUAUUAACACAUUUUACACUCAUUGGGAGCUCCACUUUUAGUCAGUGCCUAAAUAUAUAUUUUUGGUCAAACAAAGCAAAUUUUUGAACAUCAAAAACAAAAAAACUAAUUCAUUCCUGAACCAGUUUUACUCCAGUUAUAGACAUGAGGAUUUGUCCAGUAAAAGCCAUCGAAUGGUACAGGUGUGAGUGAAGUUCUGUGAGCCAGUCAAGUAUUCUUAGAAUUAAUUAUUUUAUUAUUAUUAUUAUUAUUAUUAUUAUUAUAAGAAAAAUGCUUAUGUUUCUGGACGCAUACUUGGAUGUGAAAGUGAUUGAGGGUUGAUUUGAUUGAAUGUUGCCAAACCACACCUUUUUGACAGUGUAUUCAUUGUCCUCCACAUGCCCUUUUUUACAACUAUGCUACUCUACACCAGGUUACUCCAUAAAUAUAUAAAUAAAUGAUAAAAACAUGAACAACAAAAUACCAUAACAUCACAGUUUAACUCCUUGAUGUUGCAGACUAUUAUUCAGUUUUUACAUUAUCAUGAAACCUAUCAUGCAGUAACCAAAAGAAAUUAUUCAAAACUAAUGUCAAAAGUUGUGUAAGUAAGAAAGUGAGCAAUGUUUGCAGAAGCUCGUGGGUCCUGGAAGUUUGAAGCUUUGAGUCACGAUCACAAAAAUGAUAAAGACUGUCGAAGUGUUUACAGCACAGCAUUACUUUCCUAUUAACGUCUUCUUUACUAUUUUAUUGCAAAGCUGUCUUCUUUUUCAGAUACAUUAUUCUGAGACUUCUUGUGAACAUUUCUUGUCCCACAGCAAAGACUCCCACUACAACACCCAGACUAGCUUUAGCCAUAAUCUUACUCCUUUUUGACAAGUAAUAAAAUUGCAUGUGGUUCAUCGGUGGGCUGUCAGUUUGUGUGUCUUUGCAUUGUUUUGCUGCUGCUGCUGUUUUCACUGCACUUCUGCAAAGGAGUCCUCACUACUUCCUUGCCAAAUCUGCCUAGGGUGUUACACAUUUUAAAAUAUUAUGAUAAAUGUUUUAUAUAUACAGAAGACUCGAAAUAGGAAUCACAUUCAGGCUGUUGUACACAUUAACAAGUUCAAACAAAAUAAGCAUAUAUACAUGUCUACAGGAAGUACCUCUUGGGACAGUGCAAAUCUAUCUCUGUCUGAUUGCGUAUUAUGUAUGUAUAAACAGAGGUACAGUGCAAAUUAAUGUAAGUUAUGUGUAUUAUAUCACUGUAAGUAUCAUACAUGUGUAUGUAAGCAUUUUCUUUCAUUGUAUUGUGUUGUGAAACUGUACAGUGUGUCACACAACUUUUUUUUAAAUGUUUUUUUUUCCCUCUGGCCUUUCAUCAUUGCCAUGUUUAAUGUACGCAUUUUAUUGUGCCAAAUGUACUGUACUCAAAAGAUGUGAAUGUGGAUUGUUUAUUUUGGAGCCUAUUAAAUAAGAUGGUCUUAAAACUACA